AUGAGUGAGAGGGGAGAGGAUGAGACUGUUAGAUAUGUCACCCUUGCCUGUGCCUGUGGAGGGAAGGCCCGGAAUAGGAUUUUGAAUGUUGCAAACCCACAUCCGACAGGAAGGAUUUUUGGGUCUCUUGUUGUUGGCGCGGGUGGUUUUGAGAACCUCUCGUUUUUGGAAACUAAUUGCCGUAACUACAUCGACAAGGCACGACAUCUACGAUUGGGCGCAGGUGGUGCUGGAGCGCUUCGAGAAUACUUCUUUCAGAUGCAGUACAAAAAUUCAGAGUUUUUUGCACUAAUGGACUUGGAUGAUGAUGGGAGGUUAAAAAAUACAAACUUGAAAGAGUUUGUCAAUCAGUAUGAUAAUGCCUUGAAAAAGAAGAUUGAGAACGAAAAUUGCGCGGACUUCCAGUCAUUUAAUGUCACAAUUCCCUGCAUCUCUAGAUCUCCAAUUGAAAAGCGAUAUCAAGAUUUGUACACAAAUGCUAAAUUCAGGGAAGUUCAACACCAACUUACCGGCAUUAUCAACUUGGACCCAGUUUUACUUGGUGCGGAUGCUACAGUCAAGACCUAUCUGGUAGAUGAUGAAGUUCGUGUCGAAGAUUUCACUAAGUUGGUUACACAUUUAAUAGAUUUUAUUGAGGACGAUGCAGUCGCCAAGUGUUCUUGUAGUUUAUUUGAAAUGAGGGGGAUAGUGUGCCAGCACAUCUUCGCUGUCUUCAAAUGUAACGGGAUUAUGACAAUACCAGAUAGGUACAUUCUGGAUCAAUGGAGAAAGGACAUAAAAAGAGGACACACAUUAAUCCAUAGCGGCAAUGACGCAGGGAAUCAAAGGGAAGAUGCUAAUCGAUAUUCAAAUUUGUUGAAUAUAUGUUAUAAGAUGAUUACUUGUGCGGCGAGUUCGAAAAAGCAUACUGAGGAUGCUACGACUAAGUUAAAUGCAAUGAUUGACCUGUAUGAAGCGAAUUAA